AUGGCUGCCUCCGACGAGAAGUACGUCGUCGAGCCUGCUCUGCAGCAAGCAGAGCAUGCAUCAGACCCUAGCAAGGCUCAUGCGGAUGUGGUUGUAAACGCCCGUCUUGCAUCCGAAAAAGAGCGGCAGAUGACCCUGAUGCAGGGCAUCCGCUUGUAUCCAAAGGCUAUCGGUUGGAGUCUCCUGAUUUCCACUUGCAUUAUCAUGGAAGGCUUUGACAUGAGUCUCGUCAACAACUUCUACGCGUUUCCUCAGUUCAACAAGAAAUUUGGUGAGCCUGACGGGAAGGGCGGCUAUGAGAUCCCUGCACACUGGCAGGCAGGUCUGAGCAACGGUGCCGCUGUUGGCUCUAUCAUUGGUCUCUUCCUCAACGGUUGGGCUUCUGAUAAGCUUGGAUACCGAUGGACUUGCAUCAUCUCACUUACCUGGUUAGCUGGAACGGUUGCCAUUUUCUUCACAGCUCAAAACGUGCAAACACUGCUCGCUGCUGAGAUUCUAUGCGGACUUCCGUGGGGUGUCUUCCAGACUGUCACGGUAUCAUAUGCGUCCGAAGUUUGCCCCGUCGCCCUCCGUGGUUACCUCACGACGUAUGUCAACUUCUGUUGGGGCGUGGGCCAGGAACUCGGUAUUGGCAUCAUCAAGGCCAUGAUCAACAGGGAAGACGAGUAUGCCUUCCGCAUCCCGUAUGCCCUCCAAUGGAUCUGGCCCCUUCCUCUCAUCAUUGGAAUCUACCUUGCACCCGAGUCCCCUUGGUGGCUCGUGCGAAAGGGCCGCACUGAAGAUGCCAAGAAAUCCCUCCUCCGUCUCACAAGCCUGGACAGGGAGACCGAUUUCGAUGCCGACGAGACUAUUGCCAUGAUGGUGCACACCACCGCUCUCGAAGAGAAGAUUACAACGGGAGCUUCCUAUCUGGACUGCUUCAAGGGCGUUGAUCUUCGCCGUACUGAAGUCGUUUGCAUGGUCUGGGCUAUUCAGAAUUUGAGUGGCAACAGCUUCUCAAACUAUUCCACGUACUUCUUGAAGGCUGCCGGACUGGACACUGAUGACUCAUACUCAUUUGCCCUUGGACAGUAUGCCAUGAACAUGGUCUGUGUUUUCAUCGCCUGGGGUCUCAUGGCUCGGGGAGUUGGUAGGAGAACUCUGUACCUCAUCGGUCUCAGUGCCUUGUUCACUAUUCUUCUUGUGAUGGGUUUCUUGGGCCUGGCGCCGGGUUCUAAGCGUGACCAAACCUCAAUUGCUACCGGCUCCUUGAUGAUCGUCUGGGCUUUCUUUUAUCAAUGUACUGUCGGAACAGUCUGCUACUCCUUGGUGGGAGAGCUAUCUUCGCGCCGCCUUCAGAUCAAGACUGUCGUUCUUGGUCGCAAUCUCUACAAUGUUGUGGGAAUUAUCAACGCUGUUUUGACGCCCUACAUGCUCAACCCCACCGCAUGGAACUGGCAGAACUUUACCGGAUUUUUCUGGGCCGGCAUCUGCUUCCUCUGCAUUAUUUACACUUAUUUCCGCGUACCCGAACCUAAUGGACGAACUUUUGCCGAACUGGAUCUGCUAUUUGAGAAGCACAUCAGUGCCAGGAAGUUUGCGUCGACAGAGAUUGAUGUGUUCCAUGAGGCGGUGGAUGAAAGCACAAUGGAGCGGUACGAGAAGACCACGGAGGCCAGACUCGAGUCCGUUUCAAGAGCGUAA